AUGGACUGCGAUAUCUGUCAUCGCAUUCACGACGCAGAGCGUCUUCCUUUUCUCUGCACUGUGGACGCCAGGAACUCGCUUCUCGAUGGUCGCAUAAGCAAUGUGGAACUUCUCCUGCAAAACGAGAGUCUCCAAAAUGAAAUAAACGAGCUAUUAGAUGAGACGAGCACACCAAACAAGUUUCACAGAGAAUCACUACAGGCGCAACAGCGAUCAGCCGAAGAUAGGACUACCCAAAUUUUGGCCGCUGCCGAUAAGCUGAGAAAUGACAUCAAAGCUGCCAGAGAGGAGAUCCAGGCCCGGAAAGCUGCGCUCUCUCGUCGCAAGUCGGAUAUUGCAGCUGUAUCUGGUGGCCUGGUUGAGCGCAGAGUGAAACAGCAAAAGGACAUAGAAACGGACAUUGGCAGACUUAAGUAUAAGUGGUCUCGCAGUGCUGGCGAUAUGGCUCGUACACGAUCAUUUCUUUGUAUGGAGGCAGCCCGGCUAUAUGGACUUGAACGUGUCAAAGAAGACUCUACUGGCAAAUAUGAGUAUUACCUUGGCGGAAUCCCCGUUGUUGAUUUGGCCACAAUGAACUCAUCAACACCAGAGAUGAUUUCAACAUCUCUCAGUCACAUUUGUCAUAUCCUUAUGCUCGUAUCACACUAUCUUUCAAUCCGUCUUCCUGCGGCAAUUACUCUUCCUCAUCGCGACUACCCGCGGCCAACUAUCUUCAAUCUCUCUGCUUCUCACAGGUCUGGGGAUCCAGUAUUUCCUAGUCAGACAGGAGUAGGGAAUCCUUCUCACUCCGGAGACACAGAGUCUCAGCGUGUUUCACGUCCAAGACCUCUUUUCAUUGACAAGCCACCAGCGCUGUUGGCCAAGGAAGAUCCAUCAACCUUCUCAUAUUUCAUAGAAGGUGUGACUCUGCUCGCCUACAACAUCGCCUGGGCUUGCAGUACGCAAGGUGUUUCGAUAGGUGAUAGGACUCACUUUGAGGACAUUUGCAAUAUGGGCCGCAAUUUACACGAGCUCCUCACAAAUCAUCAAAAUGUUGGUGGAAACAUCUAUCCUUUAUCAUCUAACAAGAAGGAUCCGAGCGCAUUCAAGAAUGAUACCGAUACGCAUGCCAGCCGCAUGGGACAAUAUUCCCACGGCACAACUUUCUACUACCUCGGCGGAGCUGAAGGCACCGAGUUCAGUAAGACGUUCAAGCUUCCUGGCCCGAUCAAAUUGGCCGACAAGCUGAAGAAGAAGCUGCUCAGUGAGGCGCCUGCCCCUGACUGGGAAGUUCUGGAUGAUGAUGCAUGGAAAGUUGAAGAAGAGGUUGUUGAUACGAAUCAACCCAAUAAAGAUUUGCUAGGUAGCGAUAAGAAUUCCCCGCGUCGGGGAACGAGUGGGUGGAUGAAGCAUAUUAGUACUUCAACACCCAAGAACGGCAAAAAGUGUGGUUCCGCCCGGGAUCGAACCGGGGACCUUCUCGGUGUUAACGAGAUGCCAUAA